ACCAGCACACGAGAGCGCUUGUUGAUUCAUUUGUUUCAUUCUGUAAAUAUCUUCAUUGAACAGUGACAAAGCAUAGUGAAGGCCGUCUGCAAAAAUUCAGGAAAUAUUGAACAAUUAUUUUCUAAUUAAGGUAGGAAGGGAUAAGUAAAAAACAAAUAAUUGAAUAUUACUUUUUUAAUACUGCGCAGGGAGUUAAAAAGUCUUGAUAGGCUUGCUCAAGACAAGGAAUAUUUUCAAUUAACAUCGCGAACCAAGACCCUUAUUACAAGCGUCAUUCGACAAUAACAUCUCCAAACAAGUUCAUCAUAAAACAUGGGAAGGUUAUCAGGUCAUCUCCUACCAGGCUUCUUCUUCAUAUCGUUUGCCUUGUGGUGGGCCUAUAACAUUUUCUUCCGUUAUUACGUGUCACGUAAAGAAGCUGUCAUUAAUGGCCGCAGUCGAAAAUGUUUAAGAUACAAGAGCAGUUUGCUCUUCCCCUGCCAUACCUGCUGCAAUGGAGCUCCCGUCGAGGCUUUCUUGAUUGUAGCCGCUACCACCAUUGGCAUCAUCGGUGAACUUGUAACGGGGUUCAGAGGAGGACAGUUCGUCAACGUUGGCAACACGCAGCAUAUGAGCAUGUAUUUCUUCUUCGGCCUAAUGGCGUUUGUCAACAUCCUACUGCAUUACAAAUUUUCCAUCCCACCUUCAACGGACUACGCCGUGGCAUUGCUCGCCAUCGUCAACGAGGCUCUGUUAUUUGCCAACCAUCUUCACGGCCGCCCGCCCAUGGACGUUCUGGUGCAUACUUUGCUGCUGUACCCUAUGGCCGCGUCACUUCUUUGUGGCGCAAUAGAGAUGGCGUACAGGUGUCAAGUGUUGGCAGCUCUUGGCAGGACAUACGGCACCAUCUUGCAGGGUACGUGGUUUUGCCACGUGGGUUUCAUUCUCUACCCACUACCGGGCAUGAGAGUUUGGGAUCAAGAAGACCACUCCCAAAUGACGGUCAUCACCACCCUCUUCACCGUACACCUCGCCGUUGAUUUAAUCGUCUUGAUGGUCAUUGCUGGCAUCGUGAACUUAAGGGUGCGGAUGAUGGAUCGACCGAGUGUACAAAGAGUCUUGAAAAAUAUCAACGUUAGAUUUAUGAAAGAUUCAAAUGGCAGUAAUGGCGAUGCUACAAGAGCCAUGAUAUCGGAGUCUGAAGACGAGCUAUAAAAAAACAUGAACUUUUAUACCCAGUAUGUUUAGAGGCAUGCCUUUUGUAAUUCGGUUUAAAAAUUAUUACUGGUACACCAUAUAGUCUAAAAUGAUUUUGAAAGCUCGCCAAAUGUAUGGUUAUCAAAAAUGAUUCGGAUGUAGAAAUUAUCGUACAGUCAUGAGAAAUUAGUGAAUUAGGUCGAGAUUACCAUUCGAUUCUAAACCUUCCUGUCAAAUACAUCAUAAUGAUGCUAUCUAGAUGAUAUAAAUCUAUACUUCAUAUCUAAGGUGCUAUACAAUACAAUCGUUGCCAACAAGUCUUCUCCAAAAAGUUGACUAAAGUAUGAUGCUGUGACUGGCAGAGAUUCCAAUGGUCCAAAAUUAUUAACGGACCUAACUGACACCAAUGCGCUACAAGAAUCCCUUCAUUUUUCUCUCUAACAUUACUUUAGUGCAUUGGUAAUAUCAGAUCAAUCGUGCACUGUUAAGAAUAUAAGUUUGUUAUGAAUACGAAUUCAGUAGAUGUGUUUUUUCAAUU